UCUCGCUUGAUAAGUUAUCAUAUUAAUUGAAUUUUUGUCUCGGUUUAUAUUCAAAAUAAAAUAAAAUUAAAGAAGAAGAAAAAAAGGAAAGAAAUAUGAUCAUAGGUGUCACAUGAAUUCUCAAAAAGUUUAGGUCACGUCCUGUUAACCGAUCGUAUGACUCUUGAUCUCUCUUUCAAAAUUGAUGACGAUGCGUUCUUUCGUCAGAAUAUCAUUCGUUUUCCAAGACGAUUCCGUAACCGUUAUUUCUAAUAUUAUUUUUAUCUUAUUUGAGUUUGUGAUUCAUAAAUAAUUUGAUCAGCUUAGUUCCACAUGUUUGAAGAAUUAGUUUUAAGAAAUAAUUUUAUGGUAUUCACGAAUAUAAAAAAGGGGGUCAUUGUGGUAUUUCCUAUUAAAGUGUUCCUCUUGUUCUUAUCUAGAACAUGUUAUGUGAUGACGGAAGAUAAAUAAGUUUGUUUGCUGUUAUUGUUUUGCAAAGAAGUUGUUCGUGAUACUACAGACAUUUACAAUAAAAAAUUUAGAAUCUAAUAAUGAGUCCACAGAGUUUUAAGAAAAAUUUGAACAAUAAAAUCAUGGCAUCAAAUGGUUAUUCUGGCGCAGAAGUGGCGGAAAGCGAGUCAAAAAAUAAUUCACCACCGUGUGAGUCCGUAAAUUCAAUGCCGUGGUUUGGGAUGGAUAUAGGUGGUACAUUAUGCAAAUUAGUAUAUUUUGAACCUAAAGAUAUAACGAGAGAUGAAGCUGACGCAGAACUUGAAACUCUUAAAAAUAUUCGGCGAUAUCUUACAAAAAAUUCAGCCUAUGGAAAAACAGGUCAUAGAGAUACGCAUUUACAGAUGGAUAAUGUUUAUAUUAGAGGCAGGCGUGGUACUUUACAUUUUAUUAGAUUCCCUACCAGCGAGAUGGGAAACUUUCUAGCGUUAGCAAAAUCUAAAGGUAUGGCGAAUCUUGUAACCACUGUUUGUGCAACUGGAGGUGGAGCCUACAAAUUUGAAGAAAAUUUCAAAAAAGAAGUAAAUAUGAGUUUGGCGAAGUUUGAUGAACUGGACAGCUUAAUACGAGGCAUACUUUAUGUAGAAAUAACUAAUCCACACGAAUGUUAUUAUUGGUCUUAUCCAACAGAUAAUAGCAGAUGUCAAAAAAUACCAUAUGAUUUUUCUGAACCUUAUCCAUUCUUGUUAGUAAAUAUAGGUUCAGGUGUCAGUAUAUUAGCAGUGUAUGGACCAGAAAAUUAUAAGAGGAUAUCUGGAACGAGUUUAGGUGGUGGAACAUUCUUAGGAUUGUGUUGUUUACUUACUGGUUGUAACACUUUCGAAGAAGCAAUUGAAUUAGCAACAGGUGGUGACAACACUAAAGUAGACAAAUUAGUGAAAGACAUUUAUGGGGGUGAUUACGAGCCAUUUGGUCUUCCUGGAGAUCUUGUUGCCAGCAGUUUUGGACAAAUGAAUUCUAAAGAACGUCGUAAUGCUGUUACGAAGGAAGACCUUGCACGUGCAACUCUUGUCACUAUUACCAAUAAUAUUGGUUCCAUAGCACGUAUGUGUGCUGUUAAUGAAAAGAUAGAGAGGGUGGUAUUUGUUGGUAAUUUCCUCAGGGUCAAUCCUAUUUCUAUGAAAUUAUUGGCCUAUGCUAUGGAUUAUUGGUCUAAAGGAACAAUGAAAGCUCUGUUUUUAGAGCAUGAGGGUUAUUUCGGAGCAGUGGGAUGUUUAUUGCAAUUUAAAGGAGAAAUAAACUGAGCGAGUUUAUUUUAUACAUAGCAUUCCAGCUGGGAAAAUUUACUAUAAAAAACUCAUACAAAGUGUUAAUUCUUUAAUAUAUGUAUGUAUAUAUUUAUAUGUAUAUAUAUACACAUAUAUUAUUCAUGUAUAUGUGUAUACAUAUUAUAUAUAUUUAUAUAUAUAUAUGUAUAUAUAUAUAUAUAUGUAUCUGUUCUUAUAUUUGAUUCGUUUUCGAAGAAUUUAUGCGUUAAUCACGUAAUAUUAAUUGUAAUAAAUGCAUAAUGACUUAAUGCUUCUAUAUGGUUUACAGUGUAUCGUUGCAGGCUCUUUUACGAAAUACACAUUAUUUAUUAUUUAUUACUAUUUAUUAUAAGUUUUCAAAUGUCAGGGUAUUUGUGUUAAGAUUGGGUUACGUGAUUGUCGCAUAUGUUCUUAUUCUGGGCACAAACAUCAUAUAAUUUAUAUAAGUAAUAAUGGACCAAACCCAAAUGCAUAUGAAUCGUCUGAUUCUUUAUACGUUAUAUAGGAUAGGUCUACCUCAUAAUUUAAUUCGUAUACUUAUUUUUUUUUUUCUUAAUAUCUAUGUAUUACACAUAUACACAAUUUAAUUGCGUUCAGGUAUACUAAGUAUCACUGAGUUUUAAUAAUAUUUUAUUACAAGGUUUGCGUCUAUAUGUUUAUUAUACGUGCAUGUUUUAUAAUAAUCGUAUAUACAUUUUAUUGAUACGUUAGUUUGCAUAUAUUAUUGUUUAUAUUUCUUUGUAAACGAAUAUUUGUAUAACGAAUAAUAUAGCAUAAAUUCCAGUAUGUACAAAAAA